AUGGCGGAUGGACCAGCUCUUAACGCCCAAAUAGUUCGUGGACUCCAAGACCGGUUAUAUGAUAAGCGAAAGGCAGCCGCCUUAGACGUUGAAAAACUAAUAAAAGACCAUGCAGGAAGCAAGGACGUUGAGCGAGUUCGUGGGAUACUUGAUACACUUGUCCAAGAGUUUGCAUAUUCUGUUAAUGCUAAUGCGCGCAAUGGGGGGUUAAUUGCUUUGGCAGCAGCCUCAAUAGCAUUAGGCCAGGAUGUCGCGGCAUAUUUGGAUGAUAUAGUGCCACCGGUACUCGCUUGCUUUGCCGACCAAGAUUCACGAGUGAGAUAUUAUGCGUGUGAGAGUAUGUAUAAUAUUGCAAAAGUCGCGAAAGGCGAGAUAUUGCGAUAUUUCAAUGAAGUAUUUGAUGCGAUGAGUAAGCUUGCAGCUGAUCCAGAGCUCUCAGUCAAGAAUGGGGCGGAACUCCUAGAUCGAUUGAUUAAAGAUAUCGUUGCAGAGCAAUCUACCACUUAUGUAUCAAUUCUGGUAUCUUCUGGUGGGAUGGGAGAUGACACAGAUAUAAACUCGACGGCACCUAUUUCUACGCCGCGUAAUACAGCAUUCUCUCUGCCUCGUUUUAUACCUUUACUUUCAGAACGUAUUCACGUCAAAAACCCAUUUACCCGCAACUUUUUGGUGUCUUGGAUUACGGUUCUAGAUUCGAUCCCCGAUCUCGAACUUGUAUCAUUUCUUCCCGAUUUUUUGGAUGGUCUAUUGAAUUUUCUAAGCGAUCAAAACAAGGAUGUUCGAUAUGCUACUUUGACUGUUCUUGCCAAUUUUUUGGCGGAAAUUCGUGAAGCUGUCGAAGUUCGAGAACAACAGAAAACACAAGCAAUGAAAAGUUAUUAUGUUGAGCAACAGCGAAAGACAGCGACUGCUUCAGAGACUGCAAGUGAUGCAGGAGAGAGUGUCAAGGAUGGCGAUAUUCUUGAGGAGGGUUUAUUGAUUAAGGCUUCGGUCGACGGCAAUGAAAUUAAUUGGGAUGCGGUUUCUAUUAAUGAAAGUGAAGGAAAAGGAAGGGGUUCUUGGGUACCAGGACAAGGAGUUGUAAUUAAUUAUACUAGGAUUGUACAGAUAUUAAUGCCACAUUUGUCCUCGCAAGCACUUCGGUGGAUAAACGAAUUUAUUCUUCUUGCCAAAGAAGUUAUUGUUCCAUUUACUCCUCAACUGAUUGCCGCUAUCUUACCAUCACUCGCGCACUCCAUUCUACAUAUCCUUUUUGCUCUUAACAUUAAAAUAUUAAGACUUAACAGUGCCGUUGAAGCCAACUUGAAUCUUUAUAAACUGAUCUUCGAUACGCCUACAACGCCACCACCUGCUUAUUCUGGUAUCAAAGAAGUUUCAUCUGCUCCUACGCCAUCAAUGUUUUCAGCGGUAUCUUUAGCAGCAUCUGCUAUGAUUUUGGCUUCGCCUCCUAACAAUGAAUUAACUUCACAAUAUUCUCCCCAAUUGGGUAUAAUAAAGGAGAAUAAUACUGGAUUAUUAAGUGAUCCGUUUGAUUAUCAGUUGACUGUUGAGGCGUUGAUGCAUCAACUAAUGAAUGAUCAUGAGGAGACUCGUGUCGCAAGUUUAGAAUGGCUUUUGAUGCUCCAUAAAAAAGCACCAAAGAAGAUUCUAGCAAUAGAUGAUGGUACUUUUCCUGCAUUACUCAAAACAUUGUCAGAUUCUUCUGAGGAGGUUGUCAAGCGAGACUUGCAGCUUCUUGCUCAAAUAUCUUCCAACUCCGAAGAUGAAUAUUUUACAAGAUUUAUGGUCGAUUUAUUGAAACUUUUCAGUACCGAUCGCCGGCUUUUAGAAUCAAGAGAAUUCGCAUCUACAAUGGUACAAAAUCUCAAUAUAAUUCUCAUCACAUCACCUGAACUUUCCGGCCUGCGUAAACGGCUCAAAAGUCUCGAGACAAAAGAUGGACAAACGCUGUUCACCGUGCUUUACAAGUCAUGGUCGCAUAACCCCGUAUCAACUUUCUCACUCUGCCUUUUAGCGCAAGCUUACGAACAGGCAGCAAAUUUACUACAGAGUUUCGCAGAAUUAGAUAUAACAGUGAAUCUACUUAUACAGAUUGACAAGCUGGUUCAAUUGCUCGAGUCGCCCGUAUUUACAUAUCUACGUCUUCAAUUGCUAGAACCUGAGAAACACCCACAUCUUUUCAAAUGCUUAUAUGGAGUGUUGAUGCUGUUACCACAAAGUAGUGCAUUCGCUACUCUAAGAAAUCGUCUAAAUAGUGUUAGUUCAAUGGGAUUCUUACAUUUAAUUCCAAAAACAAACCCGCCACCAGACACGAAAUCUAGGUCAAGUAAGACAGCUGCUGUUGUUAAAGAAGACGGUAUCAAGUGGCAAGAACUCUUAAUACAUUUUCGUGCAGUGCAGGCUAAGCAUGAAAAAUCACGGAAACAAUGUGAUUAUUUUUAUUGA